AUGUCGACAUUAUCGACAGUAACCCGAUCAUCGCAGGCAGAGUCCGAAGCCACUGAAUUCCGCCAGAGCGCGUCAUCAGCCUCUCAAUCAGCCGAGAACGCCGAUUACGGUUUUAUUGCCCUAAUUGGUCUUGCUCAACGUCUCAGGGUGGACAUCCUCCCACUCACAUGGCAAGCCGCCCGCGGUUCUCUGGAGGAGGAUGGGAAAGGUGGCAGAGGCGGGCAGGCCAAAAUACAACAAUCUUACAUGAAUCCCGGGGCGAGUUUCGUUUUUAAACGGUUUUCCCGCAUUUCGUACUAUGAAAUAGUGAGCGAGCUGUUAGUACUGACACACGAGGUGGUUCGAAGUCAUCGCUACAUCGUACGUCUCGAGGGACUUUGUUGGGAUGUUCGAGAUGAUGAUGAUGUACGACCCGUCCUAGUCUUUGAGAAAAGUCAUUUGGGAGACCUAUGGUAUUUUAUGAAGGCGGGUGUCGGUAAGGACAUGUCGGUGAACGACCGCCUACGGCUUUGUGUUGAAAUCGGAGUUGCAAUUCGGGACAUGCAUGCAAAUAAUAUCAUUCACGGGGACAUCAAACCUCGGAACAUCAUCAUCUUCGAAACAAGGCCGUCAAGAUACACCGCCAAAGUCGGAGAUUUUGGAUUUUCCACUCGCUUCACAGGCGAAGAUGAUCUGAUAUAUAUGCCUAGGUCGCGUAUCUGGCAUGCUCCAGAGUGGCACGAUCGAGCAUUCCGGCCCGAGGAUUCGAAGAGAAUGGAUAUUUUCUCGUUUGGGAUGGUUUGCUUCUGGAUGCUAUUCGGCGUCGAUUUACCGCUCGACUCGGCCGGAGAAGAUAGACAAUUGAUCAGCUUUGAAGAGGAUUGUGAUCCAAUGACGAAUUUUUUGGAGAGAUGUAAGAAUGACAAUGAGAAGGAUGAGCUGACGUUGUGGGCGGUUUCUGUAAUACCAGAACGUGUAGGAGCAAAACGUAACGAUAUCACUUCUUUCCUGAAAUUAGUCCUAGCAAAAACUCCACGAGAACGGGAGCUGCGUAUGGAUGGGUUACUACAGCUUUUGGAUCCAGCCCGAUAUGUACGGGGACGAAGGAUAGACUUGAUUGGACUGUUGAGCCCCUUGGUUCCAGCUCGGAAUCUGCCGAAAGUGAAGACUUUUAUCAUUGAAACACCUCCAACGGAAGAGAUUUUCAAGGUCAAAGCCUCUUAUGCAAGUGCACCCCUGAUUCCCACUUCGUUUUCCCAAUUAUUUCUAACGGAUUUUCGAGUACCACCCUACAUCGUCGCAGAACUCAAAUUGGCGACUGCACAACCGCGAACUCUCAAUCGGAUCUCACCCCAGAAAGCGAGCUUGCAGUUGGCACUCUGUCACGCUACUGGAUUCGGAGUUCCUCGAGAUGAAGAGGCAGCGUUUCAAGUCAUUCUCCAGCACGGGCUUGAAUGGACGGAUCUUGAAAGCCAGGUUCUGGCAGUCCGGGGACAUAAAGAUGACGGAUUCGAAGGCAGCCUCUUUUCCAGACUCGGUGUAGGUGGAUUUACACCGGACAUCAACUUCGCCGAAUUGUACAAAGAAAGAAAACUCCUAGAAGAAGCGAGAAUCGCCUGCGAGAGGGAUGUCUCGGCGGUGGAAAAAUUGUUCGACUGCCGGCAUUACAUCUAUCUUCGCAAGAAAACCGAUCUAUCGCGUAUUCUUAUGAGCCAGGCUCGGUGGAAAGAAGCGGAACAAUUCUUGACACAGCUAGUGGAGCUGACAACGAAAGCAAUGGGUCCGGAGAAUCUCAACACUCUAAUGAUGAAGGGCAGCCUAGCGCGGGCGUACCGCGAACAGGGCAACUUAAUGCUGGCCAAACAAUUAGACGUGGAGGUGUACGAGAAGAUGAUAAGGUUACUGGGUCCAGAAGAUCCUCGAACGAUGGCAAGCAUGGCUAGCUUGAUGUCGACGAACUGGAAGAGCCGCAGGAUCCCACAAACGAUAGAAGCCAUGAUUCAGAUAAUGGAAACACGCAAGAGAGUACUAGGCCCGGAGCACCAGAGCACGCUCAGCAGCAUGGUUGAUCUCGGAUCUGCUUACCGGGACCAGGGACAGCUACUAAAGGCGGAGGAGGUGCUUGCGCAUGUUGUGCAGACAACGAAAAAUGUAUUAGGUCAAGAUCACCCUGAUACGUUGACCAGUAUGGACCACCUCGCUUCUACAUACCGUAAGCAGGGGAGGCCGAAUGAGGCCAGACAGUUAGAAAUGCAAGUAUUAGAAAAGAAGAAGAAAGUAUUAGGGGAAGAAGACAAUGCUACGUUAGAAAGCAUGACCGGCCUGGCGGUGACUUGUAGAGGUCAGGGUCGAUUGAGAGAGGCGGCGAAGCUGUUUGAGCAAGUACUGGAAAUCCGUAAGAGAUUACUAGGUUUAGAGCGUGAGGAUUCGUUGGCCGUUAUGGUCCAUCUUGCAUUGACUUAUCGAGAUCAGGGCCAAGAGCGAUGGACACAAGCGGAAGAUUUGCUGGUGCAGGCGAUCACAAUAAGUAAGCGGAUGCUCGGUGAGGAGCAUCUCUCCACGCUUGCUAUGAUGAACAACCUGGCAGGGAUAUAUUGGGAGCAGAAGCGAUAUGUUGAGGCAGAGAAGCUAUACUUGCAAGAGUUGAAGGCUCGCAAGAGCGUUCUGGGUGGAGAGCAUGGUGAUACUCUGACUUGCAUAGAGAACUUGGCGUGGACAUACCGAAGACAGGGCCAGCAAGAACAGGCAAAGACAUUAUUCUUGCAGGUCUUUGAGACGAGAUUUAGAUUGCUGGGUCCAGAGGAUCCCGCUACUCUAAGUAGCAAGAAAGACGUGGAGUCGACAUGA